GUGUUUGUUGGGUGCUUGGUUGCUUUAAAGGGCUCCUCCCCCACGUUCGUGGGAUGUAGGUAGUGAGUCAUUCAGUCACUCAGCGAGAGAAAGAGCAGAUCAGCAGGCAUUGACAUCGCUGCAAUUGGUGAGAUUACAUGAGCCGCGAGUCUACUUGACCCCACGAUCUUGACGGAUCAUCUUCAAGACAUACGACACAUCUGACGGAAACAACAACAACGACACCCACCACACGAACAACAGCACAAUGUCCAUCCCCGCCCUCUUCUCCCUCGAAGGCAGCACCGCCAUUGUCACCGGCGGCACGCGGGGCAUCGGCCAGUCCAUGGCGUACGCUCUGGCUGAAGCGGGCGCCGAUAUCAUUCUGAUUCAGAGAGACGAAUCCAACACCACGACCCGCGACGAAAUCACGCACCGCCUGCACCGCAACGCCCACAUCCACGUCGCCGAGCUCUCCUCCCGCGACGCCCUCAAACAGAUCCUCCCCGCGCUGACCGCACAGGGCUUCGCGCCCAACAUCCUGCUCAACUGCGCCGGCAUCCAGCGCCGGCAUCCGAGCGAGCAGUUCCCGGACGAGGAUUGGGACGAGGUAAUAAACAUCAACCUCACCUCCGUCUUCACGCUAUGCCGAGAGUUCGGCGCCUAUUUGUUGAACCGCCCCGCCGAGGCCUUCACCGCCAGCGCCGGCCGCCGCGGCGCCAUCAUCAACGUCGCCUCGCUGCUCACCUUCCAGGGCGGGAUCACCGUGCCGGCCUACGCGGCGUCCAAGGGCGGGGUGGCGCAGCUGACCAAGGCGCUGUCGAACGAGUGGGCCGCGAAGGGGAUCAAUGUGAAUGCCAUCGCGCCGGGGUACAUCGCCACGGACAUGAAUACCGCGCUCAUCAAUGAUGCGAACCGCAACGCGGGGAUCAUGGCGCGCAUCCCGGCGGGCCGGUGGGGCAGGCCCGAGGAUUUCAAGGGGGUGGUCGUGUUUUUGGCGAGCGCGGCGAGUGCCUAUGUUUCCGGGGAGGUGGUUACUGUCGAUGGGGGGUGGAUGGGACGGUAAUUUGUCUUUCUUUUUCUAGGAGAAGUGUAUGUGUAUAGAGCUUUAUAAGGAAUGCGUUCUUGGCGAUUGAUGUUGAGAGUGGAGGUUCUUGGUGGUGGUUCAUGGGGUUCGAGUUGUGGAGCGUGGUUAAGGUUGGGUAACUGAUAGGUAUGACAGGGCGUUUUAUAUGAAAGGCUGUUGUCGCCAAUGGGAUUCAUCAGUGGUAAUACGGAUACAGUAGUUACACGGUGGACUCUAAGCAUGAACUGGAU